AUGACAGACUCUUUAGGCAACUGCAACCUCCCGCCUACCCCAGCUUCGCUAGAUCCCCCCAAAGUGCAUAUCAAUGACCUUCCUCAUGAGAUCUUACUAGACGUGUUUGCCCACAUGCAGCCCGUGGAGCUCAAGGAUCUCCGAUUGGUUUGUCGAAAAUGGAACCUGGUGGUAUCAGAUAAGUCUGCUUGGGUCAAGGCAUUCCACAACCGUUUUGGCACUGGCAAUGUGUUUGCCUCUGUUACGGGCUCCUCCAUGUGGCUCACAGAGUACUUGGGCAGAGUGGCGAUGUCACGGAAAUGGAGCAAGGGUAAAACGUUUUCUCACUCGUAUGCAUUGGUCAACAACGAGUUUGGCAUGCGGGUGCCUCCCAAAGUGUUUGUGGACUUCAUUCACGAUCGACUCUUGACGUUUGCUCGAUUCUCGGGAGCCAUAUCCAUGUGUACGCUUUCCACGGGCCGCAACCAGACGUUUUUCCCUGAGAGUUCGGUUUUAUCCAUGGGCAUGGCGGUAGAUUGUAACUGGUCCCACUUGUGUGUGGGGAAGCCCAAUGGUGAGGUGUGUCUCAAGAACCUCAUAACUUCUUCCAACAGCGUUUCGGGAAAACAGUCAGUGACGAAUCUUCAGGGCCAGACAGACGAUCCGAUUAUGAUUCUUCGCAUGAACGAUGCAUUUGAUAAACAUAAGGAGAAGAUGGAGAUCGUGGCUGGCACCAAUGGCGGGCUUCUACAUAUGUGGAGUACCACCAAGCUCUUGAGGACGAUCUUCGUGAGUCAAACUUGUGGAGUACUCGAUGUGGUUAGUGACUUCUCAAAGACAGUCAUCGUGGUCACAGAAGAAGAGAUUGUUGCUUAUGAGUUGACCACUGGGGAGGAAUCCCAUCGUCUUUCUCAUGGCGUUGCAGCCACUGGAGAUACCGGCUUCUACAUUGACUUGGCUGGGAUGAACGUUGUGGCUCAUAGUGAUAGUAAAAUCAAAGUGUUCCAUCUCUCUGAGCAAGUAUACACGCGGGAAACCUCGGCCCCUGAUGGCUUAAGCAUCAUCAGUGGAAAGAUGCAGCAGACUCAGCAUAAAACAAGGCACCCCGAAAUUGCUGGUGGAGACGGGCGUCUUUUCGCUCUCGUUUUUUCGGAUGGGAGCGUCAGCACUUUCAAUAUUCGUGACACAGACAGCGAAAUCAAGUUUCUUACACGGAUAAUGCCUCGUCACGACGCUCCGCACGGGAUAUUCGACUGGACUGCUGUGGCCUUGAACAGUUCUGUGAUUGCGAUUGGGCUAAUUCCCAAUUGGGUCCAUUUCUACGAUGCCCACCUGGGCGAGUACCUACGAGAAGGAGCCAAGAUUCUGCGCAAGCUCUUCCGUGCUGGUGAGCCUCCCAUUCGACACAUUGAGUUUAGCCCUCUGCAAACAUCAGGAGUCGUCGUCAGCGGCAGCGUUGCUCAAUACUUCAAGUUUGGAGAAGACACCAAAGGUCAAAAGAAAAAACCAAACACGCCUCAAUCGGCAGAAGGGUCCUCCCGAAAUGCCAUGCAUCGUCAUAUCAAGGAUCAAUUGGCCGACUACGAAACGCUUGAACAUUCCCAACGUCAAGCCGAGCUAAUGGCAGACAGGUAUAAUGGAACAGAGCACGAGUCAGAGCUAGACGAGUUACGAAUGGCCAUGGCUCUUAGCGCCAGUAGCGCUCCCACAACAAGUGAGGAUGAAGAGCUUGAAAGAGUAUUGGCGCUCUCAAGAGAAGAGCUGGAAAGAGUCGUCACUCCAGUUGAAGGCGGGCUGUGGACACACGAGAUAUUUAAGCAACCUGCCACUGGCCAUCCAGGAGAAAUCAGAGAUGAGAGUGAUGAUGAUGAAGUGUUUCGGCGAGUAAUCGAGCUCCUGCUUCAUGACCAUUGA